AUGUCUAUCCAUAUGUGUACCCAAAUGCCCAUCGAGCCUGAGCGUCAAGCCCAGGCCGAUAUGCUGUCCAUGCAAGAGAACCCAAAGAAUGGCCACCAGCUCACGGCCGGCGACGCAGUCCCUGGUGCUCAAAGCCCCCUGGCACUUGCAAUCCCUGUUGGAUCCAUGUGGCGAAACGGCCGCAAGCUUCGUGUGAGAAUCUUGAACGGGACCGACAUUAUCAAGGGCAAGAUUAAACAAUACGCUGAAAAAUGGAACGAUUAUUCUGGCGUGAAGUUUGUCUUUGUCGACUCGGGAGAUGCCGAAAUUCGUGUCAACGUCAACGACGAUGGAAGGUCCUGGUCCUACGUUGGUACAGAGAACCUUGCAAUUCCAGCAAAUGAGCCAACCAUGAAUUUUGGUUGGUUGACUGAUACCACCCAUGACAUGGAAUUCUCUCGUGUCAUCGUUCAUGAGUUUGGUCAUGCGCUGGGCUGUAUCCAUGAGCAUCAGUCUCCCGCAGGCGGCAUUCCUUGGGAUAAAGAAAAGGCCUAUGAGUACUACUCCAGCGGCAACAAUUGGGAUCGUGAAACUGUUGAUCACAACAUCUUCGACUAUUACAGCUUCACGAUCAGCAGAUUCAGCGAUGUUGACAAGUCGUCUAUCAUGAUGUAUGAGAUUCCAAAAUCCAUCACCACAAAUGGAUUCUUUACCGUCUCAAACACAAAACUUUCCGACACGGACAAGGCGUUCAUUGCUGGUGUGUACCCGCCAAGUGGUGCAGCUACCUCUGCCCUCAAGACAGGACCAGACGUUUCCAAGUUCAACACAAUGGAGGUUCGGCCAUGGGACAAGCCUCGGAAGAAGACCUCAAAAACUGUCAAUUUCUCAAAGGAUUUUGAUAAACCUCCUUCCAUGGCUGUUGGUCUCAACUGGCUCGAUGUUGGAAACAACGCCAACAUUCGAGUUAGCGCAUACGCUGAUGAUGUCAAGCAAGGCUCGGCAACACUUCACGUCGACUCUUGGGCCGACACAGACAUCUACUCGGCAGCUUGUGUUGCACUUCAGGUCGCUGACAACGACCCCGACUUUCAAGUUGGAAAGUUUAGUACAACGGAUGAUCACCCGUGGAACAAACCCCAGCAAAAGACCUCUCGUCGAAUCGACUUUGCCCGAGAAUUCAAAGGCGAUCCCAAGGUCAUCGUCUGGUUAAGCCUGCUUGACAUGGACAAGAACAGCAAUUGGCGUGUUCUUGCCACGGCUAGUGACGUGUCCCCAAAAGGCUUCACAAUGAACAUUGACACCUGGGCCGACACUAUUCUCUACGCCGCUACAGCCCACUGGAUUGCGUACCCAAGUGAUAAAGCAGGAGUUACUAGCGGUACAUACAAAGUGUCUGAUAUCAGGCCAUGGGAUCAGCCCAGAUUGGAGAACCUGGGUCGCGUCGACUUUCCCGCCAACAUUUUCAAGAGUCCUCCGGUGGUUCUGACUGCCUUGAACCGCCUAGACAUUGACAAGAAUCACAAUUUGCGGGUGAAGCUGGGGGCUACGGGAAUUUCUGCACAGGGCAUGGAUUGGCGUAUUGAAGGCUGGUUUGAUACAACUUUGUAUGAUGUUGGUGCUUCGUAUAUUGCAUUGUCUUGA